AUGUGGACUCGGCGACGUAUUUUCCCAACUCUGGAGGUCCCCGCCACUCCGCACCCAGCAGCGCUAAGCACCCCUCUCUACCAUGAGCAAUGCAGCGAUAAGGCACGAGUAGCGACCUUUGCGUUGGAGGACAACGCCUUCAACUUCGUUGCUGGUCUUGGCUAUACUCUUGUCCCCGCCCUCGGCGCUGAGGAGGCGGCAGCGCUGCUGUCAUGGGCGCUACCACCUGCGUGGGCUGGAGAUGCCGCUGUGUCAGCUGAUCUGAGGGCUUCGCGACUGGCCACUGCUCUGCACCGCGCCGCUGCUCUUGGUGCGUGUACGCAGGUGGAGUACUUCUUCAUUGGCACCGACAACGGGCACGUCUUCCUCAUGCCGCUACUGCCUCCACACCUCCUCGAAGCCCUCGUUGCGGAGUGCGGCGAGACCACACUGCCUGAGCUAGCCUACCUCUGGAAACAUGAGACGGAGCUGGCGCAGGCGGCGGCGCGCAGCGACGUUUCGGCAGCACGCGCCAUCGGGCAGGGCAGUCGCGCACCGCUUAACUGCGUCGGCCGUCGACUUCUGCACCGCCACGCCCGCGAGGAGCCGGUGACGGUCAUGGAUCACCUAGGCACACUCUUCGCCUCCGCGGCACCUCCUGGGGACACAAGUGUUGCAGUGAGCAUGUUUCAUCCCCUUCCGGCUAGCAUUACAUGUCUGCCGCACCCGUCCGCGGUACGGAGCAUCAAGUUAUGGGAAGGCUCCGCCUUCACGGCGUCGUCGAGUCAUAGUAGCAGUGCGGAAGAGUACGACACGCAACGACAAGGUGCGCUGCAGCGGUGGCACGACGCCCUCCGCGCCGCCGAGCCCACUGCCGUGUAUCUCUUCACUGGCGACUACGCCGGCCUGGUGCGACUGUGGCGCAUUGACGUGGCCGCCCACUCCUACACCCUACAGCACGUGCUUAUAUGCAGUGCGAACAUGACGGGUAUGUUGUCCCCUCUCACCCCGUUUGCGCGCGAGGACAACUCAAAGAAAGUGCCGUCCCGAGAUGCCGACCGCACCGUGCACUGCUUAGAAGUGGAUGAGCAGGCCGGCCGGGUAUUUGCUGGGACAGAGGGCGGCGUGUAUGUGUGGGCCAUCGACGCCUUGCCGUGGCGCGGUCCAGAGUCAGUGUCAGCCAACGCGCUCGCGGAACACCACCCGCUCUGCUGGGACGAGGAGCGCCGAGCACCGCUGUCGUGCGCGUUGUUGCACUACGAGACGUCGCCGCCUUACGACUCCGACGCAGGCAGCACAUCCCCCACAGCCUCAAGUACCGAUUCCGAGAAGAUUGUGGAGUACCGCGCUUCGCGGCUCGUCAACCAUCAUGUGUGGCUACUGCCGGCAUCUACCGUACAGUCGGAGAUGGCGCGCGCGAUGGAACGCAGCGGCGGCAGUAGCGCCGACAAGGUAAGCAAGUGGAAACCCAAGUACGGCCGUGUGGCCACAGGUGGAGCGGCGGUCGGCGUGGUGUGUAACACUGUUAAGCUGAGCGCAGUGGCGGCUGCCAGCGCCGGCGCAUCAGUGGGCGACCGACUCACGGACACAGCUGUGCCAGUUUCCUUCGAAGGCGGGGAGCUCAAAAAUGGCCUGCGGGUGCCACUCAGCUGCGUAGUACCGGUCGCAUACCCGCUCGCCUUCCUCCGAACGCCGGGGACGGCGUGCUUUGCGCUUCGUGUGCUCGCCGGACGCCGCCGACUCGUGACCAGCUGUGCCGAUGGCAAAGUGUGCGUAUGGGCUUGCCACCAUGGAAAAGAGGCCUCCUCUGCUGCUGUCGCGGAGACCUACGUGCCGCAGCUCGUGACGAGCACACUGCAGGAGCAUCGUGGCCUCGGGCGACACAUUUGCGUGCUGCGCACCCCAGACGUGUUCAUCACGUGCUCCUACGAUGACGCCCUCGUGAGAGAGUGGCACGUGUACGAUGAGCCGGAGGCGCUGCUCCGGUGCGCGCGUCGCUUCACCCUGACGCCGUACUCCUCUGAGGGCAGCGGGGUGCAGCAGCAGCAGCAGCAGCGGCACGCCGACGCCCUCAAGAAGAUACCUCACCCCAACAUGGUCAACGGUGCCACAGUGGAUAGCGACCUCGACGAAACGUGGGCGAACGGUGGUGAGGACGGUGACGUUGUUGGUGGUAUCUCCUGCGCUGCCGCCUACCCCGCCUUCGGUGCUCUCUUCCUCGUAGGCGCCUUCGAGUCGGCUAUUCAGACGUACAGCCUGACGGAGGUGGUCAGCUGCGAGCCACCGCGCAACUACGUGUACAAUGGCCUCAAGACGGUGCGGCUACCCGCUUCCAUGGCCGAAGACGUCUACCACGAGCUACCCACGAGGUAG